GCACGCCCAUAUACAGUUCAGCAACCUCGGCGAGAACAACCCCGGCUGCUGCUGCGGCUGCCACUCGGGUUAUUUCCUCUGGGCUCAGCUGCAGCCUGCAGAGCUCUGCAAAGGGGAGGGGUUUCUUCGCUCCCUCCCUCCCGAGGGGGGUCCUGCCCCAGCCCCAGCCCCAGCGAUGGGACAGGAGUCAGGACCAGCCCGGGGCCGGUUGAAUUGAAAGCAAACCGUGGCAGCUCCACGCGAGGCGACAGCGCUGGCAGGAUGCCCCGGGCUGGCGCCCCCGCUCCCAGCUGUCAGUGAAGGAGCGAAGCUUUGCGGCCGGGAUGUUCAGCUGGCACAAGAGCUUCACCCUGGGAGCGCCCUGGAGACAAGCAGGCAAGAAGAACUCACCAUCCAAGGGCAAGGUAGUGCUGACCAACAUGAAGAUACUGAGCAACGAAGAGAGUCAAACCCAGGGGUUGACAGGAGAGCCACCUGCAGCCAUGAACUUUCCAGAGGAAUCCAGGCUUCCCAAAGUCGACAUCCCAUUAGAAUGCCAGGGAAAUCUGGGCACAAGAGACACUUCUUCAAAACCAGACUAUGUGGCCACCCUGUCUGACCUCAGCACCUUAGAAUCCAAGUGCCAGCUUCACAGAUUCUCCAAAUUUGAAUCAGAGGAUUCUGGGGUUGAAUUGCCAAGUGGAGCCAAUUCUCCAUCUACACCAACGGGCUCAGAGAAGAGCUUUGUACUUCACACCAGAGACUCGUCUUGUGACUCUGGAGUGCUCAGCACCUCUUCUUCUCCAGGAAUUGACCACAUCAUAAUGAGAAAGUGUAAAGACAUCAGAGAAACCAGCCAGUGUGCUUCAGAUAGUGAAAAGCAAGUUGAAUAUUACAGCCAGGCAGCAGAUGUGGUGCAGAUCCCUACAGCUUCCCUGGAAGAUUUCAGUGACUGUCAGGAGGGAGAAAGUCCUAAUAAACUUUUUGGCCAAAGUGAAGGACAAUAUUUUGAAGAGAAACCCAGGAAAGAGAUAGACCUUUCCAUUAAAGAAACUGCUCCAACUGCUGCCCACAUUGAAGAGCAAAGGCCAAUCACCAACCGUUACAAAGAGACCUUUGGGAGGAUGCAAGAACUUCAGCUCCAUGGACAUCAGCUCAAAAAGUAUCCCACGAGCGACAGCCUGGAUGAGUACAUGGAUGAGUGCUGUCGAUUAAGUGAGGUGAACCAAGGGAACACCAAGGCUCUCGGCUCUGGUUUGGGGUAUCUGGAACACAUCUGCCAGCUGAUAGAGAAAAUCGGGCAGCUGCAGGAGCACAAUCUGCGACUCCAAAAGCAAGUGUGCGGUUUGCAGAAGGAGCAGAAGAUGAGCCAGAUAAAGGAGGAGUAUUUUCUGCAGCACUGUUCCUGUGGAGCUGCCAGCAUCUUGCUCAACUCAUACCAGGAGGUGAAGAAAUUUUUUACUGGGAGGAGCAGACCGCACAGUCUCCUGGUUCAGAGUGGAAACCAGUCCGACCUUUCGAUCAUCCCAGAAAGAGGAAGUGACGCACACCUGGAAUCAGGAGAUAGACAGCUGGUGCUGGGGCUCAGGAAGACCUGGAGUAAAAGGAGCAAUGAGGAGAAUGACCUCAGAGAUGCCUAUAAUCUGACUGAUGGCCGAGCUUUCCUGCUAAAGGACCCAAUGACGAAAAAGAGGGCUGACCUCGGCAAGAGUAUCCCAGGUGAAAGCCACGCUUGGGGCAGAAUGAGGGAUCUCAUGAAGAAGACCAGGCUGAGGAACCAGAGCAAGUUGGGGCUGUCAUCGGCAGCUCUGAAGAGGUCCUGCCCACAGCUCUACAGACCAGAUGUUAAGACUUCGGAUCGGAGGAAGAUGGAGAGGAACUCCAUGAUUGUUCUGGGACAAAGCACAAAAAACGAAAACAUCUGGCCUUUCUGAGCAUCUGAAUCCAAUGGACCAAGGUAAAAGAGUUAUCAGGGAGGAGGCUUUUUCCUUCCUUCAGCAGAGAAGUGAUUUUGCAUCCCAUUACCAAGCUAUGUUUCCAUGGGCAAAGACUUGGGUAAGGUCUGAUUGCUGUAUGUAGCCCCAGUAACUAAGCCCAUGGAACUACUGUCAUUUACAAGAGCUGAGGAUAUGGCCCAUGUAUAUUUAUUGUAAAAUGAAGACUAAUUUGAGGUAAAACUAUCUAGAUUUUUAAGGAACAACAGGUAGUAAUCAAUGGCUCAAUGUCUAGUUCCCUCAGGGGUCUGUCAUGGGGCCAGUUUUGUUCAACAUCUUCAUUAAUGAUCUGGAUGAUGGGAUGGAUUGCACCCUCAGCAAGUUCACGUAUGACACUAAGCUGGGGGGAGAGGUAGAUUCACUGGAGGGUAGGGGUAGGGUCCAGAGUGAAAAUUUGGGCUAAAAGAAAUCUGAUGAUGUUCAACAAGGGCAAGUGCAGAGCCCAUGCACAGCUACAGGCUGGGGACCGACUGGCUAACUGGCAGUUCUGCAGAAAAGGACUUGGGGAGUACAGUGGACGAGCAGCAAGAUAUGAGUCAACAGUGUGCCCUUGUUGCCAAGAAGGCUAACUGCAUAUUGGGCUUCAUUAGUAGGAGCAUUGCCAGCAGAUCGAGGGAAGUAAUUAUUCCCCUCUAUUUGGCACUGCUGAGGCCACAUCUGGAGUAUUGUGUCCAAUUUUGGUCCCCCCACUACAGAAAGGAUGUGGACAAAUUGGAAAGAGUCCUUCAGAGGGCAACGAAAAUGAUUAGGGGGCUGGGGCACAUGACUUAUGAGGAGAGGCUGAGGGAAGUGGGCUUAUUUAGUCUGCAGAGGAGAAGAGUGAGGGGAGAUUUGACAGCAGCCUUCAACUACCUGAAGGGGGUUCCAAAGAAGAUGGAGCUAGGCUGUUCUCAGUGGUGGCAGAUGACAGAACAAGGAGUAAUGGUCUCAGGUUGCAGUGGGGGAGGUCUAGGUUGGAUAUUAGGAAACACUGUUUCACUGGGAGGGUGGUGAAGCACUGGAAUGGGUUACCUAGGAAGGUGGUGUAAUCUCCAUCCUUAGAGGUUUUUAAAGUCAGGCUUGACAAAGCCCUGGCUGGGAUGAUUUAGUUGGGAUUGGUCCUACUUUGAGCAGGGGAUGGACUAGAUAACCUCCUGAGGUCUCUUCCAACCCUAAUCUUCUAUGAUUCUAUGAACAUUCUGACCAUAUUGUCUGCCCUCCUGUACAACUCAGGCCUGAGAUACUCCCUGCAUUAAACGCAUUAACUUGCCAUUGAACUAGAGCAUAUAUUUCAGAGUGACAUCCAGUGAUGGAGAAUCCACCCCAUCCCUCAGCACUUGAGAGCAUCCCCGUAUUCAAAUCUGAAUAAAAACAGAUUCACCCCAUCCUCUAGGUCAGUGAUGGAAAAGCAAUUGACUGUAAGGGAGAAGAGUGCCUCCCUUUCUGUUCUCCCCCAUGAGCUGCUUCAUUCCACAGCCUACAUUCUUGUUUCAGAGGUAAAUGAGCUGGGAAGCUGUUGGACAUGAAAUUGAAAACUACAAGGCUACAUUGUGCAGACUAUGCUCUACAGCAGGAUCAGCAUCAAGGUGCCAGGGAGGGAGGAGAGGUAAAAGAAAGAUUUGCUGAAGGGCGGGGUGCUCAGCUAUACUAGAGUUUACUCUUGACAUGAAUGUAAAAGUGAACUUAAAACAAUGCUAUAUACCAGGAAUAUAGUUACCAUCUCAGCAAUAAUAAUCAAGCAGGUUUGAUACAAUUUCAUAAACAAGCUACCUUAAGUCCUCCUGCUUGUGAAGUAUUAUUGAUUUCCUGGGCUUUAUUCAGCAGAAAUAGGCUAGACCCUCAUAGAACACCAGUGCUUUAAGGAAAAACAAAGAUUGGGAGACUACAUAUAGUAGACAGUGCUGGGUAUGGGCAACAGUGCAAGACUUAAGGGAUUUUUUGUAUCUCCACUUGUGGGUAUUACUAACAAGUCUGCACAUUUUGAAGGUGUCUCCACCAGCAGUGACUGACUGGGGAGUUUUACUGAGGUCCCAUGCAAUGGUCAACUCAAUCAAAGCCACCAGCCAAGAUUUUCUAAAGCUGGAUUUGUAAGUGCAAGGUUAGGUGCCAGUCUUGUGCGUGUGACCGCCUUUGCCAGUCUGGAGCUUCACUGACCUCAGUGGGUCCCCAUGCAGACAGAGGGUUACAGCCAUGCAGAGAUUAUUGCAGGACACUGGGGCCUUCAACCGUUCAGCACCUAAUAAGUGGCCUGAUUUUUAAAAGUGCUGAGUGAGCUGCCCACCCAGGUCCUUGGUUUCACUGGGUACUCAGGAUUUUGGAAAGCCAGGCCACUUUAUUAGGAGCCAAAUGCAGGCUCCUGUUUUUAAAGGUUAUGGCCACGUUGGGUGAAGGCUCCUGGUCUGUUUGGCGGCCUGUGCAUCACCAUGUGUCAUAGCAUUUAAGAGGCAAAAAAGACAAGUGAACUUAAACCUAUGCCUGUGGAUCAAAUGCUGGAUUGGGGCUCCCUCUGCUGGGAAAGUUAGAAUAAUGGGGAGAUUGGGGAUGGAAAGGAAAGUUUUAAGUCUCUAUUACAAGCCAGGGUAGUUCUUUUUCCAGCUAAGGUCUAUAGGCCUGUCCUCUGUUAUCUACUAGAUAGCUUUAAGGCUAUGCCCAGCUGUUUGGAGGCUGCACUGUUGCCACUCAUCCAUUGCCCACCUUUAACUGAUUCAGAGGACACAGACCAUGGUUAAAAAGGUCCCAUUGAAACCAUGACUAGAGCAGCAUCUCUGUGCAUGUGCUAUAAACGCACAUUUCUUUUUUGCUACAAGCUCAGAAUCCAAAGACUAACCCACAUGGAGUGAAAACUAGUCUUUGCCUAUUGGGGGAAGGGAAUUCUGUCUGCUAAAUUGGAAUUAGACAGCUGAGCUGUUUAGCAAACAAAGUCCACAGGUGCACGUUAACUAAAGCCCCAACUUCACAUAUAUCUGGAACCCUAGGACACUCUCAAGAACUAACAGGCAAACUUCAAAAGAUUCAGAGUUUGAAUAACUCUCCAAAACCUUAAGUGAAUUUCCUCUGCUCAUCUGGGCUAUCAGGAAUGUAUUGGUUCUACAAAACUGGGUUAGAACUCUCUGGAGGACAGGAUCUGCCCAAGUGCAGAGCCAAAGAUGUAAAUAAAGUAAGCUAGCCAACCUAGAGCUGGACCCAAGCUGCAAAAGUCUGAACAGGAUCCAGACUUGGGGAGGAAGAGGAUGUUAAAUCCAGGCAGCUUAUCUACAUUUAGAACCUAGUAACAAAAUUCUGAAUUCCAAACUUACUCCAUAUUUGUGGCUGGUUUUGGCCCAUUUCUAAUACAAACACUUGAGAAUAUUUUAUAAAGAAUUUUGUUCUCAUGACAGACAAUGACCUGAAGUGAAACAGCUGUUAUUUAUCAGAACCUCUUUGCACAUACAGGCCAAAAAUACCAAGAAUGUUCUCUAAUCUGGUGGGGCAGGGGGAGCAUCUUGAGAUGCCUUCAAAGGUGCUGAGCACCUACAACUCCAAGGGAACUCAUAUGAAGCUAUGGGAAGCUCAGUACCUCUGAAAAUCGGGCACAAACUGUCUCAGAUUGAGCAUCCAAAAAUGAACGCACCCAAAAGAAGGCGCUCUUGAUAGAUCUUUCAGCUGUGCAACAAACUCAGCUGCCACUCUGGUUUUCAGUUAGUCAGUGUACGUCCUGCCAGCUUUAUCCAGAGCUGGGGAGGUUUUAUCUUGAUUAUUCUGUGAAUAAUCAUUGUGUCUUUAUUAAUGCAGUGGGCCAAAUCCUCCAUUAAUAUACAGCCUCUGUAAUCUCACUGACUCCAGGCAGAACUGAGCCAUGCAUGUUAUAAUAAACAGUAUAAUGAACUGGUAUUUUUACACUUAAAUGACUUUAUGUAUAGUUUUUAUAAAAUGAAUUAUUACUCUUCUGUUAUGAUGUUAUAUGAAAUAUAUUCUUACAUUCUCAGCAAUAAACAUAUUUAUUCCCUGCAACAUACUGUGUAUUUCCCCAUCCUAGGAUGCAUUGUGAUACAAAUGUA